GUGACUGAGUGACUGGACCCUGCGACCAAUAGCUAGAGACAGGGGCGGGACUGGCUGAGUGACGGGUAGCUGCAGCCUAUGAGAGAGUGGGCUGGUGGCUGAUCCCAUGCUCUAUACGGUGACCCGGAAACAGUGCCCCGCCCCUUCCUGUACACAGAGCUCCGCCCCCGGUCUCCUCCAGGGUUGCACAGUAGUAAAGAAGACAUCUGGUGAGUGUGAGACACCCAGCAGCCAUAGCCGUGUGAUACGUGGACUGAGCAGAACUAAGAGCCCCAUCACGGUGCCUCCACCUCACUCACUGAUACAUGAGAGGCACAGUGACCAGAAGAUCCUGGAACUCACCAACAAGAUCAUUCAGCUGCUGACUGGAGAGGAGGGGGAGUAUAUAGAGGAGCACAGGUGUCUGUACAAGGACGUGAUGAUGGAGAGUCACCGGCCCCUCAUAUCACUGGAUGGACCCAGUAACAGAAAUACCCCAGAGAGAUGUCCCCGUCCUCUGUAUUCCCAGGAUUGUACAGAGGAGAAUCACAGGAUCCCACAGGAGGAUCAGGUAGAACGUCUUUCUCGUAUAAAGGCAGAAUGUACAGAGGGAGAAGAAGAGACGUAUGUGACUGGUAUAAAGGCAGAAGAUAUAGAGGGAGAAGAAGAGACGUAUGUGACUGAUAUAAAGGCAGAAGAUCUAGAGGAAGAAAAAGAAACGUAUGUUACUGAUAUAAAGGCAGAAGAUAUAGAGGGAGAUGUAGAGACGUAUGUGACUGAUAUAAAGACAGAAGAUAUAGAGGGAGAAGAAGAGACGUAUGUGACUGAUACAAAGGCAGAAGAUAUAGAGGGAGAAGAAGAGACGUAUGUGAGGGGUGAUCAGCAGUGUAAGGAGGAGGAGAUCCCUACAGAUAUCAGCACAGAUGGACACACAAGCAGGAACAUCUCAGAAGGACAUCUAAUGUUAUCCCUGGAUUCUGAAAUAACCGAUAACGACAGUAGACAGGAUUCUCCAGGAGCUAACACCAUUACCCCAAUUAUACAUCCAGCUCUAUCAGCUGAUCCCUCUGAUACUGGGAAAUGUUCUCCUGAUAACUCUGAUAUUGGUGCAUCUGUUAAAGCUCUGACAGUAGAUACAGUGUUUCCCUGUUCUAUAGAUGCCAAAUGUUUUACACAGAACACAAAGCGUAUUACCAAUCAGCCAGCUAAGGCAGGUGAGAGUCCAUUUCCAUGUUCUGAGUGUAAGAAAUGUUUUACAUAUAAAUCACAUCUUGUUACACAUCAGAGGAGUCACACAGGUGAGAAGCCAUAUUCCUGUUCUGAGUGUAGGAAAUGUUUUACAUCUAAAUCACAUCUUGUUACACAUCAGAGAAGUCACACAGGUGAGAAGCCAUAUUCCUGUUCUGAGUGUGGGAAAUGUUUUGCACAGACAUCAGUUCUUGUUCAACAUGAGAGAACUCAUACAGGUGAGAAGCCAUAUUCCUGUUCUGAGUGUAGGAAAUGUUUUGCAACAAAAUCAUUUCUUGUUACACAUCAGAGAAGUCACACAGGUGAGAAGCCAUUUUCCUGUUCUGAGUGUGGGAAAUGUUUUGCACGGAAAUCACAUCUUGUUAAUCAUCAGAGAAGUCACACAGGUGAGAAGCCGUAUUCCUGUUCUGAGUGUGGGAAAUGUUUUGCACUGAAAUCACAUCUUGUCACACAUCAGAGAAGUCACACAGGUGAGAAGCCGUAUUCCUGUUCUGAGUGUGGGAAAUGUUUUGUACGGAAAUCAGAUCUUGUCACACAUCAGAGAAGUCACACAGGUGAGAAGCCAUAUUCCUGUUUUGAGUGUAGGAAAUGUUUCACACAGAAAUCAGCUCUUGUUACACAUCAGAGAAGUCACACAGGUGAGAAGCCGUAUUCCUGUUCUGCGUGUAAGAAAUGUUUUGCACGGAAAUCACAUCUUGUUCCACAUCAGAGAAGUCACACAGGUGAGAAGCCAUAUUCCUGUUCUGAGUGUGGGAAAUGUUUUGCACAGAAAUCAAAUCUUGUAACACAUCAGAGAAGUCAUACAGGUGAGAAGCCAUUUUCAUGCUGUGAGAGAAAUAAAUCCGCUCUUGUUGAACACAUUAGACAUUACCCAAGUACGGAACCAUUUAAAUCUUCUGGAGUAUAAUUAUCACUGUCGUCCAAUGUUCCUCAAGGUUGAAUCCUAUCUCCUAGGAUUUAUAAAAUAUACAUGCUACCACUGGGUGAUAUAAUCAGACAUCAUGGCCUGGUCUACCACUGCUUUGCAGAUGACCUGCUUUUUGCUCCAUGUACUGAGAACCUAAUACCAAUCCUAAAUGGUCUAGCUGAGCGCCAGGGGUGGAUGAUGCCAGUUGGCUGUGACUCAGUCUUUGUGAAACAUAAUAGAAGCUCACCAACAAAGGACAAGACUACAGCUUUACCAACCAUCUGGAUUUAUGCUUUUGUGUUCAGAAUUACAAAAUACUGAACAUGUGCUGAAUCUUUGUGUUGUCCUGGUAUGUGGCUGACACAGACAUCAGGUAUCUGCCACAUACUAAUCCUCAUUCUUCCAUCUGUGGACCGUAGCCAGAAUCAAGCUCUUGAUUCCCUCAGAAGUUCAUAGACUACUGCAAUGCCAUCUACCUGGGUCACCCAGCAAAAGAAUUAGAGCUUGCAGCUAGUACAGAAUGCAGCAGCCAAGCUGUUACUUAACCCGUUCCUGCCGCAUAACACCCAUUCUCUACUCCCUUCACUGGCUGCCUGUAAGAUGACAAUUCUGUUUCAUAAUUGACUAACUGACCUUCCCAGCCCAACAUUACAUGUGUUAUGCGCUGCGGUCCGAGUUCUCUUCGCGGCCCGGCGCCUAGCAACUAGGGACGCCGAGCGUGCUGAGCCGCCGGGUCCCUAGCAACGCUGGGACGCCGUGCGCGCUGAGCCGCCGGCUCCCUAGCAACGCUAGGACGCCGGGCGCGCUGAGCCGCCAGGACCCUAGCAACGGGGACGCCACGGGCGGACCGCGUUCCCCGUUGCAGGGUCAAUCUGUUAAUUAAACUCACAUGUCUCCUGGUCGUGCAGCAAGGCAGCUGCACAACAUUUAUCUUAAUCAGGCUCAGAAACCCUGAUUGGAGGAUUCAAUGCUUAUAGCCUCCUCAGUGUCUCACACAGACGCCGGUUAUAGCUUCCUGCAUGCUGCUCUGGUUUGCUGAACGUCUGUUCCAGUUCUGCUGUGUCCAGUCAUUCCUGUCCUCUGAGUUCCUGAAUCUUGGGGGGUAAUUCCAAGUUGAUCGCAGCAGGAUUUUUGAUAGCAGUUGGGUAAAACCAUGUGCACCGCAGGGGGGCAGAUAUAACAGGUGCAGAAAGAGUUAGAUUUGGGGGGGGUUAUUUUAUUUCUGUGUAGGGUAAAUACUGACUGCUUUAUUUUUACACUGCAAAUUAGAUUGCAGAUUGAACACACCUCACCCAAAUCUAACUCUCUCUGCACAUGUUAUAUCUGCCUCCCCUGCAGUGCACAUGGUUUUGCCCAAUUGCUAACUAAAAUCCUGCUGCGAUGAACUUGGAAUUACCCCCCUGGUGUUUGUCAUCUCAUCCCAAGGUGUCUUCUGGUCCUCAUUAACCCGCAACAGUCGCUAGAGGAUCUCGUGUGGUUUUCGUGAGUGGCGGCUCUGCCGCGUUCUGCGGCCUAGGCCGCUUUAUUUUGUAUUCUGUUUCGGAGCAUUUGCGGAGGUUUCCGCUUCCACAGUCCUCUCCGUAACUCGGCGGUGCCGGGUAGGAGAGGGGACAAGUGGGUAUUUUGGUUGUCCUUUUCCCUGGCGGUUUUUCGCACAUACUUUAGUUUUAGGUUAGUUUGUAGCCCCUGGCUUUGUUGUUUAGUUAGAGGGCCCCUUGUUAUCACCCUGUCUCGGAUUUCUCUUUGUCUCCCAUUAAGACCUGAGGGGGCAUCGGAGUUGGGCAGACGUAAUCCGCCCUUCAAACGCGGCUGCCAUGGGCUCAAGCAACCAUAGUCUCGCAAGAGAUUUCUGACAGCACGGGCGAGACAACGGAGAUAGGGUGCCAGGGGCUAUUCCCGUUCCCACUCCCUUUCCCAGCAUUACGUUCCAGUACUCAGGUUCUUGCUAUAAGAUCUCCCCAAACCAGAGUAUUGGAAUCAUAACAGCAUGGUCCAAGGUACUAGAAGCAGCUUCUGCCUCCUUACUGCCCUGCUUGCUUGCUUCUACAGAAAAAGGACUGUUACCAGCAGUACCAAGAAUCUCCUGUCAUUCAUUUAAGGGUCAAACUUUUAGCUUUGCAGUCCUGACCAUGGAACGUACUGCCUUGCACAGUCCAAGAGACCACCACUCUAGAGACCUUCACAAACAGACUGAUGACUGUUACUCACGCUUUUCAUUAAUGUACCUCUAUUUACUUCCUAAAUAAUACAUCCCAAAUGCUUAGGUCUUUUUUCUGCUGUUUAUUUUGUAUCUUGUGCUUUGUGUAAAUGUGAAUGUCUAAUACCAGUUUCUACAAUCUGUAUUGCUGCACGACAAUAUGGCGGCCAUUGGAACGUGUUUUCACUUCUUCUAGUUUGCCUAACUUGUUGCUGACACUCAUCUUGAUAAGGAGUGUCGAGUGUUUUCAGAUACAAGAUCCUAUCUAUAUAUACCCUGUAUAUUAUAAUGUGCAUUAGAGUCACCCGGGUUCCAUCUGCAGUGGAUUGUUGUAUGUUACAUCUACAUGGUGCAGAUACUCCCCUGUAUGAUUUCAUAAUAAAAGCUUUUGUUUGCAUCUAAUUAUUACAUUAAAGCUUUUAUUUUUUUUA